CUUGCGCGCGCUGUUCACAUCUUUUGGCAAAUCUGGUAUAAUCUGAUCUCUGAUCUGAUAUGAACAGAACAACAAGACGGAGCUAAGCGGUGCCCUCUAAUUUUGUGCUGCCUAUUCUUGCAGAGUUUAGGUCUGUCAAGCCUUCUAAUUUUAAAUAGGCAAGAACUCUAGACAAAAUCAGCAGCCGAAAAUGCAAACGAACACAAUGAAGAGAGGAGCCCUCAUCGUGUUGGAAGGAUGUGACCGCGUUGGCAAAACCACGCAAAGCAAAUUGCUGGCAAAAACUCUAUCAGAGCUCAAUUUUCCGGCUCAGCAUUUUCCAUUCCCAGACAGAAGCACCAGAAUCGGUGGCGUGAUUAAUGACUACCUUGCCAAUAAGGAAGAUGUGAAUGACAAAGCAAUCCACCUUCUAUUCUCCGGAAACAGAUGGGAGCUCGAGUCGCGAAUGCGCAAGCUGUUGAACUGCGGAACUACUCUUGUUGUGGACAGAUAUGCCUUCUCUGGAGUCGCUUACUCGGCAGCCAAAGACGGCAUGAGCCUAGACUGGUGUAGACAGGCUGACGUCGGCCUUCCAAAACCUGACCUUGUCUUUUUGCUGCACAUGGGCCGAGACUCUUUGAAUGAAAGACCGGGUUUCGGAGAGGAGCGAUAUGAAAAUCACAGUUUCCUCAGCAAAGUAUGGCAGAAUUACCAGGCACUGAAAGACAAAACCUUUAAGGAAAUUGACGCUGAUAAAACUAUCGAAGAUCUCCAUGGAAUUCUACUGCGUGACGCAAUCAGCACAAUUAAAAAUGUUGCUGAUCAACCCAUAGACAAGUUGUGGGUUUAAUUAUCUGCAUUUAGAUGACAUUGACGAGCAUGCACAAGUGCAGCCAUGUCCAUAAAUCAACAUGAACUGAAUUAACAUUCAUCACUUAUUGUAAAUUUUUAAACCGUCCAAAUCUCCGAUAUUUUAUGCAUUUUAAUACCUUAAAAUUCCACUGCACUAUCAGUUUUAAUAUAUUUUAAGAUGAAAUCCAAAUUGCUUAGCGGAGAGUGGUGGAGAGAAAAUUAUGAUAAACACAGAGCUACAGUUGUCUUUGUUCAUAAAAAACUACUAAAUUUUCUCUCGCCUUUAUUUGAAAAAUAUUGGGUAAUAAUUGUUAUCCAAUGAUCCGUGUCCUGCAUUUUGAUUUGUGGUUUGAAUUUUUAAAAUUACACAGAAAAUUUGAGACUUUGUCGAUAUAUUAAAAACCAGUUAGAUUCAACUAAAAUCAUAAUAAUAAUUAUGCUUACAUUGUAAAAUUUUAUUGCCACUUUAUUGUUGGCUAUAUGGUUGUAAUUCGAAAUCCAAAGGAUGAAAUUAAUUGAUAAAAUCUAAUUUUUCUAAAGAUAUGACAAAUAAAACUCCACUUUACUUUUAACUAUCACUGUGACUUU